CGUGAUCCUUCCUGUCAAACAGCAGCUCAGGAGGUCCGACUACAAGUAGCCAUGGCACCGCUGUCAAAGUCAUUUUUGACAGGUUCGAGGAUAUUUUCAGCACGUUUGCGACUUCACUCUUCUCUAACAUCUCAAAUGAUUGAAAACAUGGACAAAAAAGCCACCUGGGACCGCUUCUACGCUGAAAACAGUAGAAAGCCGUUUAAAAACUUUGAGUGGUUCUUUGGCUUUGAGGCAGUGCAUAACUUCAUCAUGCCUGCACUACAGAGCAGGCCCGGUCCCGAUGCCAGCCUUCAAGUCCUGGAUAUGGGCUGCGGCACUUCCGCAUUGGGUCCGUCCAUUUACCAGCGAUGUCCCCUGCCGGUUCGAGUCACGUGCGUGGACAUUUCUCCCGUGGCCGUACGGCUCAUGCAGGAGCACGUGCGAGCUAAAGCUGUUCAACCUGGCAACUGUUCUUCCCAGCUGGACUUUGUGGAGCUGGACUGUACGCAGCUGCACAAACACUUUCCCCCGGGCAGCGUGGACCUCAUCGUGGACAAAGGCACCACGGACGCCAUGUUGAAGUCCAAGGAGGGGAAGAGGAGCGCCGGCCUGGUGUUGAAGCAGUGUUUAAAGGCGCUGCGCCACACGGGCUCUCUGCUCCAGUUCUCGGACGAGGAUCCCGAUGCCAGGCUGCUGUGGCUGGAGACGGAAGCGCGGGGUGCUCCGAUCGCAGUGCAGGAAGUGGGAGAACUGAGGGCAAUUUGUUACUACUGCUAUCAAGUGACCCCUCACCCUCAUGUGCAACCCUGACUCUCUCAGGGUUUCAUAUCGGACUGCCUGAGUUUACGGUGCAAAAGUAAUAAAAAUAUCACUUUCGUCAUAAA